AUGAAUGAAAGCACCAAGAUUUCGCUACGAACAGCUCCCGUUCAUCCUCCCAGCUUCACUGCUCUCUUCCUUCUGUCAGAAAUCAGCGACAAUGUAUUAAAAUCGAUUAUGGGGUGCGCAAUUUCCAUAUCUGCAGUUGGGAAGAACAGGAAGAAGAAUAUUUCGGAAGUUACUGUUUUUGUGCCCUCACUGCGUGUUCCUGUCCAAUCUGAUUUACAGAAAACACUCAGAGGAUUAAUUCCCAAGGAUCUUGUUAAUAGAAUUAGUUCAUUGAGAAAUCAGAUUGUGUUAGUUGCAGAGGAAACUGGUGGAUCAGCUAUCAGCGAAUUACAAAAGGCAUUGAAUGACUACUUGUCUUUACUUCUCGGCCUUACUAACAGAGAAUAUGGGCUUCAAGAAUUGGUAGAAUUCAAAUGGAAAGAUUUAGAAGAUGGCCGUCAGGAAAUCUGUGUCGCAAACUCCUGGUUUGAACUACUAUCUGUUCUUCACAUGAUUGCUAUGUUAACAUUGACUGAGGCGAACAUUAAGUUGAUUCCUAAGGAUAAUAACUUGUCUGAGAGGCUCGUAUCUGCAGAUUGCAUGCGAGAUGCAGUCGAUUUAUUGUUGAAAGCAGCAGGAUAUAUGGAUUUUUGUGUGAACAAUGUUCUUCCUCAGUUACCACCUGAUAUGAAGAACAAGUUGCCUACAUAUUUGCACGAGAGUGUCCUUGAGGCAAUCUCAAAUCAAGCACUGGCGCAGGGAACUGAACUUCAGCUCGGUUUAGCUGUCCAAAGCCAGAAUGCCACUUUAUCUGUUAAGAGGAGGCUCGCAUGUGAACUACUGAUCUACUUUGGGCUGGCCCAUCGCUGUUUGUCUGAAGGUAAUAAUAAUGGAAAAUCUAGAAAGAAGCACUUCUUGUUCCUUAAAUGCAAGUAUCUUGAAGCAAAGGCUGCAGCUUACUACUAUCAUGGCCUUGUUCUUGACAAAGGCACUGAACCAUCUUGCCACAUUAGUGCUGUGUGUUGUUUCCUCGCUGCAGAAGAACUACUAGCAGAAAGCAAGAAGGCAUGCCUAGCCUUUUGUCUAGCAGAUCCCGUUACUAGGGUUCCUCCACCAUGGGGUGCUAUGAAGCAUUUACACAAGAAAAUCCCCGAAACUGCAUCCAAGAAAUCACAGAUGUAUGGCUACCUUUUGGAUCAAGAGAAAGGUCUUCAGAUUUUGCCUGAUCUUCCGGAGUUCCAGUUGUCGCUGAAACCCGAUGACUAUGAAUUGCCUGCAACGGAUACUGCAUGGAAUUCUGGAAGUUGGGAAAUCUCCGGACAACCUCUCAAGGACCACCUCAAAGAUGGCAAAGAAGAAGUUGAAACAUAA